GGAGAAAACAGCGAUUACUUAACGUGGCACACUUUAACGGAGCCGCGAACUCCCCCGACCGACCCCGGUGCCUUACAGCGGGGUUUUGAGGCAAUACCAGGGGUCCUGCGAGCCGUGCACGAAACUCCUCCGGGCACGCGGCCGGACACAGGCCUCCUGACCACGCCUCCGGGGCGGGGCCUGGCGCGCGUCACCGGCCGGGGGCGUGGCCAGAGAGCGUUUCCUCCUCUUUCCCAGCGGGCCCCGCGCCCACCUGCCCGCCCUUCGCCUCCUUUUCCGCGGCCGCCUGCUGCGCGCCUGCUGAUUGGCUGCCGAGGACGGAAGCUCUGUUGGUGUUUCUUUAGAAGUUUCCCCCCCUGGGCGGCGGCAGAGGUGGUAACCAAGGUAGAAAACGCUUGGGCCGAAGCUUUAGUGGUUCUUAGGGAUGGCGGCAGCUGCAGCAGGAUCUGCAACGUCCCAGCGGUUUUUCCAGAGCUUCUCAGAUGCUCUGAUCGACGAGGACCCCCAGGCGGCGUUAGAGGAGCUGACUAAGGCUUUGGAACAGAAUCCAGACGAUGCACAGUAUUACUGUCAGAGAGCUUAUUGUCACAUUCUUCUUGGGAAAUAUCGUGAUGGUAUUGCUGAUGUAAAGAAGUCUCUUGAACUCAAUCCUAACAAUCCUACUGCUAUCCUUAGGAAAGGGAUGUGUGAAUACCAUGAAAAGGACUAUGCUUCUGCUGUAGACACUUUUGCAGAAGGACAGAAAUUAGACAGUGCAGAUGCAAACUUUGCCAUCUGGAUUAAAAGGUGCCAGGAGACUCAGAAUGGAUCAGAAUCUGAAGUGUCUGCAUCUCAGAGAACUCAGUCAAAAAUCAAGUAUGACUGGUAUCAAACGGAAUCUCAAGUAAUCAUUACACUUAUGAUCAAGAAUAUUCAGAAGAAUGAUGUAAAUGUGGAAUUUUCAGAAAAAGAGUUAUCUGCUUUGGUAAAACUUCCUUCUGGAGAAGACUACAAUUUGAAGCUGAGGUUGCUUCACCCUGUAGUACCGGAGCAGAGCACGUUUAAAGUGCUUUCAACAAAGAUUGAAAUUAAAAUGAAAAAGCCAGAGGCUGUGAGAUGGGAAAAGCUAGAAGGGCACGGAGAUGAGCCUACACUAAAGCAGUUCACAGCAGAUGUGAGGAACCUGUACCCGUCAUCAUCUCAUUAUACCAGGAACUGGGAUAAACUGGUGGGUGAGAUCAAAGAGGAAGAGAAGAACGAGAAGCUGGAGGGCGAUGCAGCUUUAAACAAGCUGUUUCAGCAGAUCUACUCAGAUGGUUCUGAUGAAGUGAAACGCGCCAUGAACAAAUCAUUUAUGGAGUCUGGUGGUACAGUCUUGAGCACCAACUGGUCUGAUGUAGGUAAAAGAAAAGUUGAAAUCAACCCCCCUGAUGAUAUGGAAUGGAAACAGUACUAAAUAAAUCAGUUUGCUAUCACAGCAGUGCAUUGUUCACGAGUGCCAUUGAGUGCUUUAGCACACUCUUGAAUUUUGAACAAUAUCUUUUUGAAAGAUGAAACCUUUGUCUCUGUGUGGUUUAGAAAUGAUUUUCCUGCAAGUAUUCUAAAGAGUGAUGAUCACAUCUUAUCACUUCUGUCCAUAGGAUUUCACCCGUCCUGAGACUGAAUGAAAUGUCAUUUGUUCCUAGAUAGAUACUCUGUCUCUUUAAUAACAUCUUGGGUAAUUGCCUUACUUUUGAUGCAGUGUUCUGUUAAUAAUUUAUUAGACCUGGCAGCUUUUUGUGGGCAUACAUUUUUCCACUUCAGUGUUGUGUUUACUUUUAGGAGCUGCUUUUGAACGAGUUAUAGAUAUAAUUUUUCUAUGAAGCUUGGUUUAUUAUUUACCUUUCUCCUAAGUUUUUAUUGAGAACAUAGAGAAAUUACUGCAGAGAAUUUCCUCAUAUGGUUUUUAUGAGAAUUAUUUGUAAUUGCACCCAGAUUUUGUUUCUCCCUUCCAAAUUCCAAAAUAAAGUAUAUAUUCUGGAGUUUAUUUGCACACAGAUUUAACUGUCCUGAAGGUGAUCUGGAGCGGAGGCCGAGAGAGGCCUCGGGACGCACAGCUGCACCGCUUCUGCUUGGCCGCCAUGGCUUUGGCUUUAGUACUUUGGUGUUUUGCUACUUUGAGUGUAAAUUAAUAUGCAUGUAGUUAGUAUUUGUGCCUGAAAUCUGUAGAUUCUUUGAGGAUAAUAAAAAUUAAAAGACAUCAUCAAUUUCAGAGUUUAUAAUAUAGCUGAGAGAAGGCUAACAUCCAGGAAAAGGUUACAAAAUGGUUGAAUUUUGUACAGAAAAGUUUUGAAACCAAAAAAUGUAUUCAUUUACCAUAAGUGACCUGCAGAUUGGGCAUCAUUUUCUCAACCUUUUGUUAUAAAAAUAUUUAUUUAUUAUGUAUACAAUAUUCUGUCUGUGUGUAUGUCUGCAGGCCAGAAGAGGGCACCAGAUCUCAUUCCAGAUGGUUGUGAGCCACCAUGUGGUUGCUGGGAAUUGAACUCAGGACCUUUGGAAGAGCAGGCAGUGCUCUUAACCUCUGAGCCAUCUCUCCAGCCCCCAUUUUCUCGACCUUUACAGUGUAGUGGUGGGUGUAUGUUCUAGGUGUGGCAGGCAUUUUUGUGGCCAGGCAUUCUCUUGCCCCCUCAGAGCUGAUGAGGAAGUGAAUGACAGACAUGUUGGCAAGCAUUUUAUUUAUCUCUAGAAGGUGUAGGAAUUGGACUUCUUCCUUUCAACCCUCAAUAGUACGUGUUAGAAUUCAGACAGUUGCAGUGAGCAGGUUCCAGACCCUUUGUUAAUGACUGUGGAAGCACGCAGGAACAGGAACAUAGGCGAGACUGCCUGUGACUUCCUGUGCGCUGGCUACUGGCAUCAAGGUUCACACCACCGUACCUGGCUUAUUGCGCUGGUGUUAUCACGUGUCCUUUGCCCACUUAAAGCUGCAGGCUACUGCCUUGUUCUUGAGGGCAAGGGGCAAGGUGAAAGUGACUUUGCUAGAGAGGAGUUCCAGGGUCUCCUUUGGGUUUGCUCUGGACGUUGAGUUUUUCUCAGUGUUCAUCCCAAGUGCCAGGAGGCCUGCUACAGAAGCAGUUUAGUAAGUCAGGACACCGUUCAAGAGUCCAAAGUCCAAACCUCUGUCUUCCUAAUUUCCAGGACUUUAGCCUUUUUUGCCCCCAAAAUUCUGUUUUUAUUUUAUAUGUAUGUUUUCAUGAAUGUGUAUAUAGUGUGUUUGUGUAUGAGUGUGCACACCCAGUGACGCAUAGGCCAGAAGAAGGGUGUAAGAGUCUCUGGACAUAGACUUACAGACACUUGUGAUAGAGCCUCCAUUGGGUGCUGGUAAUCAAGCCUGGACCCUCGGCAAAAGUGGCAAGUGCUCUUAACGCCAGAGUCACCCUGUUUUAACCCUUUAUGUCUCAAUUCCUUUAUUAAAUAAUAUCAAGGGUCUUAGAAAUUAUAACUAGUAUUUUGUGAAUAUAAAUCAGUUUUACCAUUCAACUUUAAGAGUUUUUAUAUUUGGUAUUUUUGCAUUAUUUCUAAAGCUAUAUUAUAUAGAGAUGCUUAUCCAUUUAACGACAUUUGCUUCACAUUGUUGAGGAUUUUGCUGAAGUAAAUGGACUUCCUAAUGUAUGACUAAAAGCAUUAUAAAAUAUAUCUAAGUACAUUAGAUUUAUCUGUCAAAGGAGUUUUGAGAAAUGGGUCAGGCUUGCCCAAAAGUGCCAAUUCCAGAGUACUGCGUGCUCCCUAUUUCAGAUCAUGGAAGCCUAUAAAUUCCCACAGUUCUGAAUAACUUAUUGUCCAUUCUCUCAGUGUACCUAUUAAUUGCUUUGUCUUUUUAGACUUUCCUGUUUAUUUCUCAAGUUUUGCUUCUUUUAGUGUCUUAAGUUAGCCUCAUAUAUUGUCACCUUGGACUCCAGUCCUCCUCCUCUACCUUCCAAGAGCUCUAUUACCACAUCUGAAGCAUGCUCUCCCCUCCCUCUUUUCUCUCUCAGAGCUUAGGGAAUUAAAGUACUACGGUGUUCUGAAUUUUCUGAUAAGCCUUGGGUUAUUUAGAGACUAUCUUUUGCUCUGAAUCCUUCUAAAAUACAUUUGUCUAAAGAUAAACUAGAAAAUAUAUUUGUAGUGAAGCAGUGUGAACUGAGUGGGGGCAGCGCACAAAAGGUUUAGAGUGUGGAGACAUGUUUAAAUCCACACAUAAUGCAUCUGUAGUGGAGCAGUGUGAACUGAGUGGGGGCAGCGCACAAAGGGUUUAGAGUGUGAAGACAUGUUUAAAUCCACACAUAAUGCAUCUGUAGUGAAGCAGUGUGAACUGAGUGGGGGCAGCGCACAAAGGGUUUAGAGUGUGAAGACAUGUUUAAAUCCACACACAAUUAAACCAUGAAGGGCAGCACACAAAGGGUUCAGAGUGUGAAGACAUGUUUAAAUCCACACAUAAUAUAUUUGUAGUGAAGCAGUGUGAACUGAGUGGGGGCAGCGCACAAAGGGUUCAGAGUGUGAAGACAUGUUUAAAUUCACACGUAAUUAAACCAUGAAGGGCAGCAUACAAAGGGUUUAGAAUGUGAAGACAUGUUUAAAUCCACACAUAAUUAAAUACGGAAAAGAAAUCAGCUGAAGGCAUAAUUUAUACACCCAAAAUAGUGGCGAAGAUGAACAGGUUCGUUGCUGGAGGAGGAGCUUUGUGGUGGAGUGUAUGCUGCUAGUGUAGAUUUGGUCUCUCCUCUUCUUCCUCUGUGUAGAACAGACUAUCCUGGUGUUAACACAGUUGGUCCAAAACUAUUCUACAACUUGAGGCAACUCUCCUGCCUGGCUUCUGAGUUCAGGGAUUAGAGGAUCUAGGAUUUCAAGGCUGGCCUGGGUUACAUGAUGUCUGGCAUUGCAGCGCAGGUCCUAGAGCUGGAGGUUGCCUGAUGCAUUUGCCACAUGCUGAGGCAACUUUGCAUUGGGACAGUGGGCUCAUCCAGAGAGUGAGGCCCCUAGAUUCCAUGUUAAUGCAUGUGCAUACACACACACACGCGCACACACACACACACACACACACACACACACACACACGUCCGAGUUUUUCCAAAAUUUGUUUGUAAUGAUAGUAAAUGUUAGCACACGCCGGAUGGAACAGAAAUUCGAAUUUGUACAUGUAUCAGGAAUUAUAGUAUACUUUUUACUGUGAAUACUCUGAUGGUAUAGAUGUGAAUUAAUUUACAUUGUUGUGUAUUUUCAGGAAAUUCUCAAUUUAGUACUCAUUAUUUCUGCCCUUUAUCCUCCUUACAUUCCAAAUUACAAGUAAUAUCACAUUAUUGUAAUCUUUGCUUACCAAAGCAGUUGUUUUAGAAUAAAGUAUGGUUACAGCAGAAUAAAUAUGGAGAUGAGAUUGGAUUGCACAGAAUGACUGGUUGUGAACAGGGCCUUAAGGAUAAGUGUGGUGUAGGGUUUUAUAUUUAAUGGUUUUCUUAAAACCAGAUGUGCAGAACAGAUUUUUAUGGGCCAUCUGCUAAGACUAAAGGUAGUGUGAAAUCUCUCGUUCCCUCAACCAUGUAUUUGCAUUCCUGCCUGUCAAGAUGGGGAGACAAAGGAAAACGGAUGGGAAGUCUAGAGCUAGAGUGGGUCUUAAAUACUGUCUGGUCCAAAGCUUUGGCGGGGGUGGGGGCAACCUUUAAGCAAGUGUUCUCAUAGCCUUUUUUUUUAUAUAGUGAUUUCUGAAUCUUAACUCACCUAAACUAGUGACAUCACAGUUUCUCAAAAUAUCAGGCAGCUGGAAUUAUGGCAUUAGGAAGGUGCUUUUCAUAAUAUCUAGGAUAAAUUUUACCUGGAAAGCUUGGUGGGGGGACAGUUGUUUCAGUUUUGAAUGUAGAGUUUGGCUUCUGUCCUGAAGGCUUGAGUUACUAGGUGGGUUGUGUAGUGAGUGCUGGUUUUGAAGCGGUUGGCCUUGGGAGGGUGAUUUAGUGAAGGGGAAAGUAAACAAGCUCCAGGCCUCCCAGGUAUCUCAGUUCCUAUCCAGUGAAAAUUAAAUGGCAGGACUGGGAGCUGAAAAGAUGCUCGUGGAGUUUAGAGCACUUACUGCUCUUGAAGAGGACCUGGCUUCAGUUCCCAGCACCUACACAUGGCUCACAACUACCUCUUCUGGCCUCCCCGGUCACCAGGCAUGCACACAGUAAACAUACAUACAUGCAAGGAAACACUCGUUUACCUUAAAAAAGUAAGACAGCUGGGCAUAUAGGCUAUUGGUAGAGCACUUUCCUAGUGUGUUUGAGGGCUUGGGUUCAAUUCCCAAUGCUACUGAAGAUUUUGUUUGUUUUUGUAAGGUAAAGGAGAGUUGCUCAGUGGUUAUUUUGAACCUUGAGGACCUUCAAACGAAGUCAUUGAGUCAAAGUCUGGCAGUGCACAUGAAAGGAAACCUGCCCUUGCAGUCGCGGUAAAGCAUUGAAGACAGGGAUUUGGGCAAGACACAAGUCUGUCACUACCUUGUGUUCAGAUGGAGCAGAGAACAGCAGAGGACUAUGCUAGAGUCACAGUGAGGCACUGUUUCUGUCACUGCCUGUGUGCUCUGCGUAUGCACAGAAUGACUGAGGUGUGAGUGCUGGUUGAAUAGGCCGAGAGAAGUGUGGGAGUGUAUACUUAAGGAGAUCCUGUUUUUUAAUUGGUUGUUUUUACUACUUUAUACUUAGUAGUAGGGAUAUGUUGGUUUGUUUAUUUUGAGAUAUGGUCUUUAGGACAGGCUGGACUCACUUUUAGCAAGCUUCCUGCCUUGGCUUCUCAGUGCUGUGUUUACAGACAUUGCACCGUGCUUGGUUUCUGGAAUCUGCUAAGAGAAAUUUCAUGCAUGACUAGUUGUUACAGGUUUUUGGACUCGAGUCAUAUAAGUCAAACUCAUUAUAAAAAGAUAGGCAAUAGUGUAGGCUAAUUAAAGGUAGGCCUGUGAAAAGAAAAUUCUUUGCUAGGAAAUGAUCCACUCUUUGGAGUGCCAAAGGAUAGGAAGCCAGAGUAGUUACAGAGUAGUUCAGAAAAGUAAAAUAAUUGCAAAAAAUAUCUGCACACAUCAAGUCAGUUUAAAAGAUACAGGUCUUUCUUCCAGAGUGCUUUGUUGCUUUUAUAAGUUCUGUUGCUAUCUGCAGGAGAGGAUUAAAAAGGGGUGUGUGUGUGUGUCAGUCAGUUUUCUGGCGUUCCAAACGAGUUGUUAGGAAUCAUGGGUGAAGAGAAGGUUAAGAAAGGAGCAACUUUAGCAUAGUGUGGGCUUGUUAUUUCCAGUCCUCAUCGUUGUCUUUCUGGUGGUAACAUACCAUACCCUACUAGGGAACUGACUCCUGUAUUUUUAUGUAAAAACAAGAUGUGAAAAGGGUUCGGUGACAUAAAUGUCUUGGAAAAUAGUGUUAACUAUAUGCUAAGCUUAGAUCAUCAUACACAAAUCUAUAUUUAAUAUAUACAUAUGUAUAUACAUACAUUAAAUAUCUAAAAACUGAAUUAAAUAUAUUUGAAUAUAAACAGUGUAAAUAACCUAUGGUGAUUCCUCCAGUUAGUUAAAACUAACUUGUUUUAUAAAUUUAAUUAUAAUUCUGGAUCUUUUCUUAAAAUGAAAUAUACUUGUAUAUUUGUGUAGAAUAUGAGCAUGAAUAUAUAUAUAUACAUACACACACAUAUACACAUACACACAUAAACGCACCAUUUAAAAGGAGUUCAGCUUUCUUUCAUAACAAAAACACUCUAUGCAUUAUAAAAUGUUUUGUGGUUUUCUUUCUUUUUUUUUCUUUCUUUUUUGCUAAAGCUUGGUUUCAUUGUUCAGAUUUGCACUUUCAUGUUUGUGAUAGCAAUGCAUGUAGGCUUUGUCAGUUUCUCCCUACUCCCUAAUAAAUCAGUUAGCUUUAAAAGUGUGGUCGUUUCUAUAAAGUACACACUGUUGAACUGAUCGAUACACCCAGCUCAUACAGAAACAAGCCCCUCAAAGCAUUUGUGUUUGUAAGAUGGAGAUCAUAUUUCACCGUAA